AUGGCCACGACUAUGUCCUUCCACCAUUCCAUGAACGACCAGCACUACAGAUCCAUCAACAUGGACCAGGAAACCUUGCAGCUUGUGCCAGACUUUGUCUUUCCUCCUCGACCCACAACAGAGCAGCCUGCCAUGUCGAAUUCUAGACGACCCGUAUCAAUGAAUCUGGCUCCCACUUCACACCAUGGUCGUUCUCGAUCAGCGCGACAGUCCACAUCCGCGCUGCCAACCUUCAGCUUCAACUCGUCUGACACUUCCGGCCGUCUAGACAACCAACCUUCGUCACCCACAACUCCGACGCCUCCUACUAGCCCACCAAAGAGCGCCGGACACCGUAGAGGAGCCAGUGAAUUGGUUGGCGGAGAUAGUCGAAUGGGCUUGAUGCUGGGUCCCAGCCCUUCAAAACAUCUUGGAUCUCUGCCUGUGCCAGACCUCAGUGGUUCGCCCUCCAAAAGACGCGGACACGCUCACCGGAGAUCAACUGCCAUCUCGGGUCAUGACCUCAACAGCAUUCUUCAACCAAGAGACGCCAACGUACGACCCCAGAGCCCGGACCCACAAACGCCUACUAUUGAGUCUGUCAACCAACCACAAUAUCCUUCGCCGGCCAAAUCAGUGAAUGAGGAACGCAAAUCUAGCGAAAGUGUUUUGGCCGUGCUAUCUCCCUCUGGAUCAGUUGCGGAAGAGCCAAUCGCACGCCCGCCUUCUAGGCCUCGUGUUGGUUUCUCGGAGAAGAUCGAGUUUAUCCCCCGGCCACUUUCAACUGUUUCUGCAGACACUACCAGCUCCGCAUCUACUGUCCGUGGUCAUUCAGUAGGAAACAGUUUGUCUUCGGUCAUCAGUCUCGGUGGUAUUGGAAAUCCCUCUCCUAGAAGGACAAUGAUAACAAUCCCCGACCUUUCUUCUGAAGUAUCGCCUAGAACGGUAUCAAAUAUGGCAUCCGACGCCAUGAUCAAUGCCGAAACGCCUGUCCUAAGCCCUCCUCCAACCUUCAAGCUUCCUAAUAAUAGCCUGACCUUCGCUCCGGAACCUACUAGCGAUGUUCCUCGACUUUCCAAGAAGAAGAACUUCUUGAAACUCGAUCGCCGCCGCAGCGAGCCAUUGAUUUCGCUUACCGCAUCAGCGGAUAUCGGAACUUCGACCAUCUCACUGCAAGAGCCUGUGGUUUGUGAUGACUCUCAAAUCCCCGCGAGGAGAUCCAACACUGCCGGCCAAGGUCUGCACCGCGAGUCUUCCCGAAAGAGAGUCAAGAAGUGGGCAACGUCAAUUCUUGGUCGUAAAGCCAAGGAUGGAAAGAAAACAAAGCAAACAGCCGAUACUUCGGAGGAGAGUGAGAAUGGUGAACAGACACCUGAUCUCGGACCCCAGGUAACAGACCUCUUUGGUGAGGAGCCCGAUCUUGAUGCUUUGUUUGGUCAAGAUCCUUUCACCGAUGCCGACGAUAUCACAAGCCCCUCAAUACUCUCACCGCGGUCGGAAAUGUCGGACUCAUUCUUCCCUUUCCUUUCGCCUUCAUCAGCAGGAGGCGAUGACACGAGUCCCGUCAUCGAUCUGGACGCUGCUCUAGGACCUUACGGAACCCCCACAAUGAGCUGGGAAGAGUCGCGCCCUGCUACCAAGAGAAGACAGCUUCACAGCAGCAGGCUAAACAGAGACUUCACUGGACCAGGCAUGCAUUACCACCGUAGAACCGAAAGUGCCCCUGCUUUGGUCCCCUUCGAAUUUGCUGGCAGAGCCAGCUCUCCAGCACAAUCUCCAAUGGACGAUGUUUUCGAAGAAGAGGAAGAGGAAUUAGACGUCGAAGCUGUCAAAGAACCGAGCAUUGGUGAAGCAUCGAGUCAGGCAGACGAGGAAAUCGGUACUGGCAUCCAGGUUGUCGACGCUGCCAACGCACAGCUUGAGCCAAACUUUGACUGGAGCUUCGAAGAUGGUCUCGGAAUCGAGUCUCAAGGCUCAUUGAGGAGUGCUCAAACUUCUGAUUAUCUCCAGCGUCAGUCUACCCCACCACGCACGUCAGUGGUCGAGGAUACCAUUGUAGAGGAACCGACACUCUCAGAAACGGCUGCAGACUACGAUGAGCCUCGAGCCUCUUCUGUCACAAAAUCGUCAGAGUCUAGUGGUGCUCGCACUAUUCUAGCAGAGGACAAUGGUCUUGGUCUUCCUACUCCAAACAAUGCUCCCCUCACACCUACCUCCAAUGUCGCCUCAACCUUCUCAUCUCCGGAUCUUGCGCGCAAUCAGGGAUCUUUCGACGCCUUACGUCUUGGUACAUCAGCGUCUUCAAUCGCUGAUACUCGUACCAUGAGCUCUUUCACUACUGCAGAGCCAACGCCCGAGCUAUACAUGUCGGCUGAUGAUGUUCCCUCUUUGACUAGCAGUCGUUCGACCAUGAUCAGUACCAUGUACCAAACAAGCCCCCGUCGCGAGACUAUGGAUCGACCUGUGUCGGUGGCAUGUGGCAAUGGUCAGGCAGACAUGCAAGCUUCUGAACGCCGUCGCAAGCGCUCAAGCAUUCAAAGCUUGAGCAUGCUCUUAGGUGGCCCCUUUGGUGAGAGCAGGCACAGUCUCAGAACCGAACAACGUCCUCAAACGGCCAUUCCUCCGUCUGUUCACCAAGAGAACAAGAGGAAGAAGGAGAACCGUCUGAGCAAGCUGAUGUUCUGGCGAUCUAAAAGCGAUUCACGUACCAACCCUUUCCAAACCAAGUGA